CUCAUGAAAAUGUGCAUUAAAUAAAUUAUUAAUUUUGCAGAAUCUUGCACCGUCAUGCAGAUCUUUGUAAAGACAUUGACGGGUAAAACCAUCACCCUUGAGGUGGAACCCUCUGACACUAUUGAAAAUGUCAAGGCAAAGAUUCAGGACAAGGAAGGAAUUCCCCCAGAUCAGCAGAGAUUGAUUUUUGCUGGUAAACAGUUGGAGGAUGGCCGUACCCUUUCUGACUACAACAUCCAGAAAGAGUCCACUCUUCACUUGGUGCUGAGGUUGAGAGGUGGCAUCAUUGAGCCAAGUUUGAGGAUUUUGGCUUCAAAGUACAACUGUGACAAGAUGAUUUGCAGAAAGUGCUAUGCACGCCUUCACCCGAGAGCAACCAACUGCCGCAAAAGGAAAUGUGGACACACCAACAACAUUCGACCCAAGAAGAAGCUGAAGUAAACUGUUGUUAUACCCCUGUUCUGUGAAUAAAGAGAUAUCACAGAGUACAUAA